UUGCUGGCGUCGACCGCUUACGCCGCCAUCGACGAGGAAUCCCAAUUCGUCCUGAAUACGUUCUCGUUCCUCAUCUGGGGGGCGCUGGUGAUGUGGAUGUGCGCCGGCUUCGCCAUGCUGGAGUCCGGCUCCGUGCGCACCAAGAACGCCUCCGCCAUCUGCCUGAAGAACAUCGGGUUGUAUUCGGUCGCGGGGCUGACGUAUUACCUGAUCGGCUACAACCUCAUGUACACCGACGUCGGCUCGUGGAUCGGCUCCGUCACCUUCCUCUACGGCCCGUCGGCGGACGAGUUGGCGUUGCUGUCGGGGGACGAAACGGCAAAGGCAUCCGUCAUCAAGCAAAACUACGCCACCAUGUCGGACUGGUUUUUUCAGAUGGUCUUCGUGGCUACGGCCGCCUCGGUGGUUUCCGGCGCCCUGGCCGAACGUGUCAAACUUUGGUCCUUCCUGACUUUUACGACCCUUUUAACGGCCAUUGUAUACCCCAUUGUCGGCGCCUGGACGUGGGGCGGCGGAUGGCUCAACCAAAUGGGGUUUCAGGACUUCGCCGGCUCCACCAUCGUGCAUUCGACGGGCGGCUGGGCGGCGCUGGCCGGCAUCAUGGUCGUGGGACCGCGGGCGGGCAAAUUCCGCAGCAACGGCAGCGUCAAGGUCACGCCGCCCUCGAACGUGCCGCUCGUCACCCUCGGCGUGCUCAUCCUGUGGUUCGGAUGGCUCGGCUUCAACGGCGGCUCUCAGCUCGCGCUGGGCAGCGUGAGCGACGCCGUGGCAAUGAGCAACGUGCUGGUGAACACCAACUUGGCAGCAGCGUCGGGGGUUGUGACCGCGCUCCUCAUAUCGCGUCCCCCUGUUCGGGCGCGUUGA